AUGGGUAUAAGAUUUUUAUUGGGUGCUUUUGAAUCUGGUCUUUUCCCCGGUAUCAUAUUUUAUAUUACAAAAUGGUAUAAGAGAUCUGAACGAGGUUAUCGAAUUAGCUUGUUUUUUGCUGGUGCUACAAUUGCUGGAACAUUUAACGGUCUUUUAGCAUUUGCUAUCACAAAAUUAGAUGGUAAAUCUGGUUUAAGUG